UCCUCUUGUUGCUAAGCUCCACUCACCCUGUGAACCUGGGACGGAGGAGCUCCAAGGAGCAAGAGGUGGCCCUGUGCAGGGAAGGAGGAGCGGGAACAAGCGUCCAAGAUGCUGAGGGUUGUUGUGGAGUCCGCUUCGAUUAACCCUCCCCUCAGCACCACACCCAAAGCUUUCGUAACUGUCUACUUCAGAGAUAUGAUGAAAAGAACUCGAGUGGAGGAAGGACAUGACCCCAUAUGGAAUGAGACCCUAAUCUGGCACCUCUGGAAUCAGCCACUGGAAAAUGACUCCUUCCUGAAAGUCAUACUUCAGGACUCGGUUUCUAAAAAGAAAGAAAGGUUCAUUGGCCUGGCCACUGUACCGCUCAAGCGGCUGGCACAAAGACCGAAAGAAGUCAUGUUUGUGAGGGACCUGAUCCUGCUCAACCAUUCCAUGAAGCCCACUAACUGUACUGUCACCCUACAUGUGGCCCAAAUAUACGACCAGGAUACUGAGAUGACAGGCAAUGAGGAGCUCCUGGGCUCAACUGUAAAUGAGGUGACCCAGAAGAAACUAAUGGUCUCUGGCCUCCCCAUGCACAGGGCUCUGGCUUCCAAGCCUCAACACUUUCAGGUCCGGGUGAAGGUGUUUGAAGCCCGACAGCUCCUGGGCAACAACAUCAAACCUGUAGUAAAGGUAAACAUUGCAGAUCAGCAGCAUCUCACUCGGAUCAAGAUGGGAAACAAUCCUUUCUUCAAUGAGAUAUUCUUCCAGAAUUUCCACGAGGUUCCUGCAAAGUUCUUUGAGGAGAACAUCUCAAUCGAGGUCGUGGACUCUGCAGCAUCAAGAUCUAAAGCAGAGAUUGGGAGAUUCCAAACAGACAUUGGGUUUAUCUACCAUUCCCCAGGUCACACACUCCUGAGGAAAUGGUUAGGCCUCUGUCAGCGAAAUAAGACCACCAGUGGAGUCAGAGGCUACUUGAAAGUCACCAUCUGUGCCCUCGGUGUAGGGGAUCAGGCGCUGGUAGAUCAAAAGCUGCCCUAUGAGCAAAACACCCGGGUCCAGAUCUUCAAGUCAAAAGAAGUUCCAGUCAGUCUGGCUUACUUGCAGUUCUUCAUCUACUGUGCAGAGGAUCUCCAUUUCGGCACCCACAAGUCAGCCACUCCUGUGUUGGAGGUGGAGCUGAUUGGGGACAAGCUCAGGACAAAACCACAGAACCCGUCCGACAACCCAAUAUGGAACCAAAUCCUCACCUUCCAGAUUCAGCUACCCUGCCUCUCUAGCUACAUCAAAUUCAGAGUCAUGGACUGCUCCAAAUACAAAUGUCAGGAUGAGAUUGGGUCAGCCAGCUUGUGCCUCAGCCAGAUCUCGUCCACCGGCGAGGAGAUCCAAGGGAUGUACUCUGGCUUCCUGCCCUGCUUUGGCCCCAGCUUCCUGACUCUCCGUGGGGGCAAGAAGCCCCCUUUCAGGACCUCAGAGGAAGGCACUUGCAUCAUGGAUGCUGUCCAGCAUGGUUUAGCUUACCGUGGCCGAAUCUUUGUGGAGAUAGUCACCAAGAUCAAGUCUCAGCAAGACUCGGUAAUGAAGGACCUGUCUCAGGAAGUGACCCAGGUGGAGAUGCAAUAUUACCGCCAAAAGUAUGGGCUGUGCGUCAUCUUUCUCUCCUGUACCAUGAUGCCCAAAUUUAAGGACCUGAUUCAAUUCGAGGUCAGCAUGGGCCACUAUGGAAACAAGACGGAUCCAAACUACAAGCCUCUUGUGUCCACCACACAGUACAGCCCGGUGAUAUACGACGGCACUACCUACCAUUAUGUGCCCUGGUACAACACGAAGCCUGUGGUGGCUGUGACCUCCAACUGGGAGGAUGUUGGCUUCCGAAUGAACUGCCUCAACCUCCUCCACAUCACCCGGGAUCGCCUGAAAACCAACCUGGACAUCCUGAAAUCCAUACGGAAUCCCAGGGAUCCAGCUCUGCUCCAACAGUGGGAGAAACUGCUGAAGGAGCUGCAGGAGGACUGCCGGCGCCCUCUGCCUUGUAUGACUGAUCAGCCCAGAGCUAACAGCUUGGACAGGAAUAAAUGGCAGCUUCGCAGCCAGCUUCUGCAGCAACUAGCACAAAUGGCCAAGGAAGCCAAGCCGGUGAACAUGGUGGGCACGGCCAAGGAGUGGUUGCACCGUCUCAACGCUGUGAUCCCUGAGCCCCAGGAGAGCCUCCCAGAUGUGCUGAUCUGGUUGAUGUCCAGGCAGCAGCGAGUGGCCUAUGCUCGGGUUCCUGCCCACACUGUCCUGUUCUCCCCAGCAGGACCCCUGAGCUCUGGCAAGUUCUGUGGGAAGAUUCAGAACAUCCUCUUACAGUACCCAGAAGGUGAAGGACAGGACACAUUCCCAGCCUCCCUCCGGGUCUGUAUGUGGCUUGGCAAUGUCAAAUACAGCAAGAAUCUGAAGCUGCUCCAGCAGGGCUCCAUGGUGGUGUAUGCAGAGACGUAUGAGAAUCAGGCCAAGACCAGAGAUGACUGGGGACAACAAGGGCUAUACCACUGCCCCAACUUCUCCGAUGUCAUGGGACGCAAGGCUCUCCCCAAGACAGACUUCAAGGCUCCCCCGGGAUGGCAUUGGAAGGACGACUGGGUAGUAGAGCCUCAGAGGAGACUCCUCCUGGACAUAGACAUCAACAAGAGCCAGGUGCUGGAAGAGGUGUAUGAGAACCAGCUUCGCAACGCCACAGGUGCCUGGGUGCCUGCAGCUAUCCCCAACACGGACGUGAAUGGACAGCCUGUGGAAGCCCUGGAGAACGUGAAGUGUCCCCAAGGCUGGCACUUUAAGAAGAAUUGGAUUGUGAAGCUCAACCACGCAGUCGACAGUGAAGGCUGGGAGUAUGGCGUGGGGAUCCCACCUUCCGGCCUGCCCCAGAUCUGGAACUCGGUGGAAAAGACUUACCACUCAUGCCGCCGGCGACGGUGGGUGCGCGUGCGCUUUCGAAACCACAAGGAGCUGGGCCAGGAGCGGAGUCAGGAGCAGGAGACCCUCUCCUUCCUGCAGAUGCAAGACCUCUCUGAGGAAGGAAAGGAAGGCUGGGAGUAUGGCACGUUCGACUCCAGGUUUCACCUGGACCCUCAGCCCACAAGCCGCUUCCGUCGCCGCUGCUGGCACCGACAGCUGGCGCCCAACAAGGACAGGGGUGUAGCUUCCAUAUUCCUCCUGGAGGGAUCCUUGGCAGUGGAGCAGAAAGACCAACCUAGGAAGGAGAUGGAGAAGACGAGGUCGUGGCAACCCUGGAAGGACUUGAGGCACACCCCAGAGGAUCCCCGGAUCCCCACCACGCCUUUCAUUUACUACAUCCUCAACAAGCCUCACUACUACCAGCUCUUCUGCUAUAUCUACCAGGCCCGGAAUCUGAUGUACAACCAGAUCCUGACCUUUCAGGAGCCUUUCAUCCAAGUGGUCUUCCUGAACCACAGCUUGUGCACCCAGACCCUGCGAAGCUCUGCAGCUCCGACCUGGUCCCAGUCGAUCAUCUUCCAGCACCUUCUGCUGUUUGAAGACCCCAAAGAUACCAGAGAGAACCCCCCACUUGUGGUGCUGGAACUGUGGCAACAUGACUCACGGGGAAACAAGAUCUUGUGGGGACGGAGCAUGUGGCCCCCAGUCGUCUGGCUGGGCCUCCAAGACUGGGUCUUUACCCCGCUGAGAUGGCACCCCCUUGUAAGAGAGUUGGGAGAGGAAGAGGGUGAGAUCUUGGCAUCCUGUGAGCUGAUCCUAGAGACACAGAAGCUGAAAGAGCUACACCCGCCUAUCCUAAGCAUCCCCUGUAAGGAUGGGAUUUACUUGUUGCCCAAGAACAUUCAGCCUACCAUGAAAAUGAUGGCCAUUGAGAUCAUGGCCUGGGGCCUUCGGAACAUGACGAAGGUGCGUUACCCCCAGCUCCUGCUGGAAUGUGGGGGUGAGUCCCUGAAGACAGAACCCAUCAGCAACUUCCAGGAGAACCCCAACUUCCCUACGUCCACCUUCUUCUUCACGGUGUUCAUGCCUCUGGAGGAGACCCAUGCACAGCCCCUGGUGGUGAAAGUGGUGGACAACCAGGAAUAUGGCCAGCAGAUUGUGGUCGGUCAGGCCAACAUCGACUUCCUCCAGCCCUAUUUCUGUGACCCGUGGUCUCUGAACUACACAACUGUAAAGCUGCCAACUCUGUCUGUGAAGAAGCCUGAUACUUUCCUAGACUUUGUCUACAAGAAGUUCUGGUUCGAUUCCAGCAAAGACGAGGAGGUCUAUGAAGAGGAGGUGGACUGGUGGAGCAAGCUAUUCUGGGCCACAGGAGAUGCAGACAAGUCCUUGAACUACAACCACAAAAGCUACCACACCCUAAAGGGCCUCUUCCGCAUCUACCCCUUUCCGGAGGACCCAGAGGCCCCUAAACCCCCACGUCAGUUCUCGGCUUGGCCCGAGAUAGAGGACUUCCCUCAGAUGUGUUUGGUACGGGUGUACCUGAUACGAGCCAUCAACCUGCAGCCACAGGACUACAAUGGCCUGUGUGACCCUUAUGUGAUCCUGAAACUGGGACAGACAAAGCUUGGCAGCCGGGACUCAUACUACCCCAACACUCUGGAUCCCAUCUUUGGCAUGAUGUAUGAGCUCACCUGUAACAUCCCGCUGGAGAAGGACCUGGAGAUCCAGCUGUUUGACUUUGACCUCAUUACUGCUGAUGAUGAGAUUGGAAGUACUGUCAUUGACCUUGAGAACCGACUUCUGUCUGGCUUUGGGGCCCGUUGUGGGCUCUCUAAAUCCUACUGCAAGUCAGGGCCCUUUAAGUGGAGGGAUCAGAUGACCCCGAGCUACCUUCUGUACCGAUAUGCCAAACAGAAAGGGCUGCCUCCACCUGUAUUUGACCUUGAGGGAGAUUCACUUUACUACAAUGGGGAAACGUUCAAGUUGCAGAGCUUUGAGUCCGCACCCCCUACCUACAAGCAUUUGGGGCCUAAGAAGGAGCGCCUGGCACUGUACAUCCUGAACACCCAGGGACUGGUUCCUGAGCAUGUAGAGACUCGCACACUGCACAGUAACAGCCAGCCUGGUAUUGACCAGGGAAAAAUACAAAUGUGGGUGGAUAUCUUCCCCAAGAUGCUGGGGCCUCCUGGGCCGCAAGUCAACAUCAGCCCCAGGAAGCCUAAACGGUGAGUACGCUAAAGCUCAGCUCCUGAGCGUGGAGCUCCAGCUCAGCCCCCGGGGUGCAGGGUGCCGCUGCCUACAAGCCCAGGGAGUAGAAACUCUCAAUUGAGAUUAGAACGAGCUUUAUUGCCCAAGUCCAGGCUCUGUGGGCAGGCAAGGCUGUUUGUGGCUGUGGGGUGGGUUCUCACCCUAGCCUCAGAGCACAGUGGCUGCAGGUACCAACUGCGUUGUAUCAUCUGGAGCACAGCUGAAGUGGACCUGGUCCAAGAGACCUUCAGUAAAGAGAAAAUGAGCGAUAUCUACGUGAAAGGGUAAGGCAGGCAGGGGAGGAGGGCUCCAGAGGGCCACCUAGCUCCCUGGUUCUGUUACCCUGCUAGAGCCUCCUAGUCCUAAGGGGAACACCUCCAUCACCACUUGCGCCUGUCUGGGGGAUGAGGACCACACACAGGAACCCAAGGUAAAAGGACUCUGUCCCCAGGUGGCUCUUUGGGCUAGAGGAGGAUACUCAGAAGACAGAUGUCCACUACCACUCCUUGACUGGGGAGGCCACCUUCAACUGGAGGUUCAUCUUUACCAUGGACUAUCUGACAACGGAGCGUGCAUGUGUCCAAAGUCAGAAGGUAAGGAAGGGGUGGGGAGGAGAAAGAGGGAAAGAGGCCUAGGCUCCAAGAGAUUACCCCCUCCUUUCAGAGACCUGCAAGCUGUUCCAGGAUGUUAGGUCAUGUCCUCAGGCAGAACUCUUCUUCCUUGAUAGUCUGUCACUAGAGGACAAGUAGGUAUCUGAGAAAAAUAUCCAAGCAGCAGGCCACUAACAGCCUUCUGCUAUCCUCCAGGACUACAUAUGGAGCCUGGAUCCCACAUCAACGAAGUUUCCAGCCCGGCUCAUGAUCCAGAUUUGGGACAAUGACUUCUUUUCCCCAGAUGACUUCUUAGGUGAGGUCCUGAUGUAGGGUUUGUGACAUGGGAUGAGGAACUCCUUUUGCUGACAACAGCCUUUCUCUGGCCUCAGGGGUCUUGGAGCUGGAUUUAUCAGACAUGCCCCUUCCGGCUCAGAACAUCAAGCAAUGUUCCCUCAAGAUGAUGGAGACUGACUCCAAAUGGCCUUUCACCCCACAGAAGCGUAUCUCUCUCUUUAAGAAGACCAAUGUAACUGGAUGGUGGCCUUGUCAGGUCCUAGAUGGUGACAAGUGGCGUUUGUCGGUAGGGGCUGGGGAAUGUGUUUAGUGAAUAGGACCUCUCUAGCAAACUUCUGGGGGGCUGCAGCCAAACCUCUUUUCCUUUGUGGUGGUAGGGAAGUGGUCCUGAGACGACCUUGCCCUCUGUCUGACACGGCAGCCCCUGCUCUGUCCUUUGGUAUUCCUAGGGUAAAGUCAAGAUGACUCUUGAGAUGCUAUCAGAGAGAGAAGCUCUAAUCAGGCCAGCCGGCCGAGGCCAGUCCGAACCCAACCAGUUCCCUAUGCUUCAUCCUCCUGAGUAAGGGCCCUGGAGGGCGGUGGUGCAAAGCCCAGCUUUUUCCUACUUGGUACAGGGUGGUGGUGGCUGGUGGGCCUCUGUGUGGAGAGGGACAGCUACUUCCUCCUACCUGGUUUAGUUGACAUCAGAAAAUAAGACCUGAGGUUGAGUGUAAGGGACUCCCAACCUGUCAAAAAAAGGGAAGCCCUUUGCUCUGGAUCUUGACCUGAAGAUUGCUCUUGCUCUCUGUCCCUGUCACGGGCAGGCGAAAUGAUUCCUUCUUACUGUGGUACCAGUCACCUAUUAAAAACUUCUGCUAUGCUGUCUGCAAACGCUACCGCUCCAAAAUCAUAUGCUUAGUGGUGACACUGGUUAUAGGGUUUAUACUGCUCAACUUCGUCUAUUCUGCUCCGGUGAGUGCUAACCCAUGGGGAAGGGACAAUGGCACUGGCCACUCUUGCAUUAGCUCUCAGAGCACAUUUAAGUUGCUACUUUAGACUACUCUGAUGUCUCUUUUCUCUAGAGCUAUUUCGCUAUGAACUGGAUCAAACCUCAACUCCGGCUGUCUUCUCCCAUUAAAAUAGUCAAUCUCAUCGGUACGGUGAACACCAGCAAUAUCAACUCUUCCAUUCUCACCAUGGAGGGCUCAACAUAUCACGCAAGCCAUGUCUUCCCAGAGGCUCCAGCUCCAUGAGGCUCCGUGAUCUGGCCUUCCUUUCUCCCACCUGCCAAGUACCCUGUGCCUCGGGCUUCCUGGCAGAUCUUGUUUGAGUCUUCUAGGGCACAUCAAAGAAGCUGUGCACACUCUGACUCAUACAUGUUUAGAGAUCACUUCUGACAAGAAGAGCAGAGCUGUAAUUUUCUAUUGAAAUAAAUUCAUUUUUCUAACAGA